CCGAUUCCAUUGUCAAGGACGCCGAAGAAAAUCAAUCUUCCCUCUCUCCGCCGUAAAACCGCCGAAUCGUUUGCGAUCGCAGAACGAUUGCGAUUGAAUUUGAAGAAAGCAAAAUCAAAAAAUGUCUGGGUCGCUGCUCCAAGGGAUCCCAGAAGCAGUGGCUCUCCGAUGCCUCGCACACGUGCCCUUACACCACCACCCAAACCUAGAGCUCGUCUCCCGCUCCUGGCGCUCAGCGAUACGCAGCCGCGAGCUCUUCCGCGUCCGCAACGAACUCAAAUCAUCAGAAUCUCUCCUCUGCGUCUGCUCCUUCGAUCCGGAGAACACGUGGCAAGUCUACAGUCCAAACUGCGAUCGCUGGCUCACUCUCUCUCUCCUCCCUUCCCCGAUCCGCCACCUCGCUCACUUCGGCGCCGUCGCAACCUCCGGAAAACUCUUUGUCCUCGGCGGAGGCAGCGACGCCGUGGAUCCGUUGACCGGCGAUCACGACGGCACAUUCGCGACGGACGAGGUCUGGUGCUACGACUUCGUCGAGAGGAGAUGGAGUCAGCGAGCGUCGAUGAUUGUACCUCGGUCUAUGUUCGCUUGCUGCGUUCUUGAUGGGAAGAUCGUCGUCGCUGGAGGAUUCACGACUUGCAGGAGAUCGGUUUCUGGCGCGGAGAUGUAUGAUCUUGAGAGUGAUGUGUGGAGUUCGUUACCAGAUCUCAACAGGACUCAUAACUCGCCGUGUUCGGGGUUGGUGAUCAGAGGGAGAGUUUACGUUUUGCAUAAAGGUUUAUCGACGGUGCAGGUUCUUGAAGGGGUUAAGGUGGGAUGGGAGGUGAAGGAGUAUGGUUGGCCUCAGGGUCCGAUGGCUGUUGUUGAGGAUGUGGUUUAUGUGUUGAGUCAUGGAGUGGUUUAUAAGCAAGAAGAAGAGGGUGAGGAGACGACGUGGAAGGUGGUUGCGUCUGCGUCGGAGUUUAAGUCGAGGAUUGGGAUGGCGAUGGGGAGUUUGAGUGAUGAGGUUUUGUUAGUUGGUGGUGUGAUUGGACCUGAUAGGGGUUGGGAUAUCAAGCCGUUGUCGGAUGUUGAUGUUUUGACGGUUGGGAGUGAUCGUCCGACGUGGAGGAAGGUGGCUCCGAUGACGAAGUGUUGUGGGACUGUGCUUGGUUGUACGCAGUUGAGAAUCUGAUGGGGGAGUGUGAUCUGUUUUUUCUUUGCUUUGUAUGUCUUUUUUUUUGUUCUUAAUGUUUGUUAUUAUUGUUACAUAAAUUCUCUCUACGUAGGUAAGUUUUAUGAAGAUACCAUCAAAUGAACAUGCCUAGUUAAGACCA